AUGGCCGGUUGUCUCACCGGCCGACGCAGCACAUCUCGACAGGUCUCGACGCCGCCAUUACUGCCACGCCACUCCGUCGAGGCUGCACAUCCACAGCUGCGGCGCUGCCGUCGGGCCCAGGAGGCUGGAACUGGCGAAGAUGAAGAGGAGGGUGAGGAGGAGGGUGAGGAUGAUGAUGAUGAUGAUAUCUCCUUCGCCUCCCGUCUUGCCGCAUCCGACCUGAACGCCGCGUACUUCCGCCGUUGGGACGAUCCGGCAGUGCACCAGUCCAUGAUGCAGGAUCGCGUUCUAACCGCCGCCUGGCGGGAGGCGCUGGCGGCCGCCCCCCCGGGAGCGCUGGAGGGUCGUACAGUGCUGGAUGUUGGCUGCGGCCUCGGGCUGCUGUCCAUGCUGGCGGCCAAGGCAGGCGCUGCACGCGUGGUCGCUGUCGACGGAUCUGAAGGCGCAGUGGAUGCCGCUCGGCGGAUUAUUAAAGCCAAUGGUUUGUCAGAUAAGAUCACUGUCGUGCAUGGCGUUCUUGAGGAGUUGGACGAGCUUCCCGGAAUGUCCCCGUCGGGGUUCGAUGUGGUGAUGUCCAACUGGAUGGGUCCGGCGCUGCUGGGCGGCGGUAUGAUGGCCACCCUGGCGCAUGCGAUCAAGAAAUGGUUACGUCCUGGGGGUGUCGUACUGCCCGACCGAGUGAGCCUGUGGGCAGCGGGACUUGAAGACCGUGAUGCGCUGCAGGAGGCGAAGGAGAGUUGGAGCCGGGUUGCGGGACUAGACAUGUCGGCAGCACUGUCGCAGGUUAUCAAACACCCACGUCGUGACGUCAUCACACGUAAGGCCCAACUGCUGACGGCACCGCAGCGUCUGGCGGUCUGGGACCUCACAGAGCUGCGACCUGAGCAUGUCCUCGUGAUGAGGAGGAGCGGGGGGAGAGACAGGAACGAGGAGGAGGAGGAGGAGGAGGGAGAAGAGGAGGAGCAGGAGGAGGCGGUGUACGCGAGUUGCCCCUUUCGGUUCACCUCCUUGCGUGAUGAGCGGUUAUUCGGUUUGGUGCUGUUCUGGGAGGCCUUAUGGACGUGGGGGGGCGCGCUGGAGGGCGAGGGCAAGUCCCCCGUGCGCUUCACGACGCACCCCCUCGCCUCGUCCACCCACUACCAACAAAUCAUGAUUGACAUGCCCAGGACUGUUCGUGUGGCAGCUGAUGAUGAAGUCAGUGGGGAGCUGGUGUUGAAGCCGGGGAGCACCGACCCACGGGACGUGGAGAUGCAGCUGCGGGUGGAGCACGGGGGUGCCCAGCAGCCCAUCACCGCUUCGUACCGCGUGGCCCACCUGGCGGUGUAG